UUUUUUUUCUUUUUCUCACUGACACAUGUGUUUUGUGUUCUACAAACUAUACAAAAGCGUCAAAAACAAAACGAGUGGUGCAGAUUAGUUUGGAUAAAAACAGCGUUUUAACUUACAAUUAAUUAACAUAUAAGCCAUCAAGCGUCGAGCAAAAUGGUUACAAUAGGUGAAGCCUUCGCACCGGUUGAAGGUAUCGUUUAUUCGGCGGAGGAUGUCAAGGUUAAAAUCGGGAGCAAUCUGAUUGGUCCUGCAGGAGAACUACAUCUUACUGAGGGAUCUCUAAUCUGGAGUUGCGAAGAGCGCAACAGUAGCAUCUCCAUACCCUGGCCUCGGGUAGGUGUGCAGGCGAUAUCUUCCAAUCCGGAAAAAUGCAUCUAUCUGAUGUUGGAUAUCAAUUUGAUCUGGCCUGGGUUCUACGAUGGACGACCACAAAAUAAUGGCAACGAAAAUGGCGAUGCCAAUGGUGAAGAAGAAGAAGACGAACACGACGAGGGACACGAAUCAGAUGGGUCGGAGAACGAGAUGACUGAGAUGUGGCUUCAACCGUCGGCGCCACAAAUUGUCGAUGAAAUUUACAAUGCCAUGCGCGAAUGUCAAAGCCUGAACCCAGACCCGGGAGCUAUCAGCGAGGACGAAGAUUACAUGGAAGCUGAGGAGGACGAAUUGCAGGAGGUAGAUGACAUGAGAAAUCUGCAGUUAGACGACGAGGAUAAGUUUGCCGAUGCGGAGGAAUAGACUGUUGCGCUAAUGGAGCACUUUUGAGAUCGGUCAGCGGAGCAAACCGGCAAGCGGUUCAUCCAGUGCGAGUAUUUAAUAAUAUUGCUUUUGAACUAGGUUUUUAAAACAUUAUUCCAUGUUAGUUCUACAAGAAACAUUGUCGAAUCUGAAAAUUAUGCAUUAAGAAUAAAACUGAAAAUUAA